AGGAGAGGGAAGUUGCAAUUCAGGCUGUCUUUUUUUUUUUUUUUUUCUUGCAGCAGGAGCAUUUCAUUUCCUGCCUGUUAGUAUUUGCGCCUACAAACACAGCCUGACUUUUGUUUCAAUGGGUUUAAUGGAAUCAUUACUUGAUAGCAAGAAUGGAACAAGCAAUACUAAUUAUCUACUUUUAAAUAUUCUUAGAUUAUUUUUGAAUCUGGUGAUUACAGAAUUCAGCCCACUAAAAUCAAUUUGUAUUCGGAAACGCUUGUGAUUUCCAAGACUGAGGCAAAUAAAAUAAAUAGCCAUUGAUGGGACUAGCUUGUCUGGCUUCAGCGGACACCCCUUAAGCGCUCUCAGUAAUACUGUACUUCAAGUUGACAGCAAGUUUCGACUGGUCCCCUCAGCUUUGGGAAAUAGACGAUGUUCUCUUUCAAAGUUUACCAUUGCAACCCCCCAAACUAGAAUUGAGUGUGUGAUAUUCUCUUAAUACUUGUGUUACAUGAAUGCCCCCCAAAAAGACACAAAUUGGGCUUAAUUUUAAAUGGUUUCCAUGCCGCCUUUAUUCCACGCUUGACUAUAUUUUUAAAGCUCAGGUAGCCUGUGGCCCCCCCCUUUGCUGAAGUAUAUUAAACAUAUUGCCACAUUCUGUCUUGCGACUUCUGUUGUGACACUUUUAAAAGGUAUAUUUUAGGGUUCAGCAUUUAGGAGCCAUCAUUAAAGGCACAGAACCGAAAGUUCAAGAAGUUAAAGCUGUUUCUGGGAAAAGCCUUUGGUGUUGCACACACCUCAUCCAUCACUGUAGGGUUAAUUAUAAUGAAAAUCAGUGGUGCCUAUUAAACACAAUUGAACCUGACCUCAUUAUGGGCAGUGUGGUUUUAUACUGUCACUGUUGCCAAUCUGAAGACAAAACUCCUGGGUUGAUUUGGUCUAACUCCACUGAUCAUGUGACUCACCCCUGACCUUGUGUUUUUCUCCCCCCCGUUUCAGAGGCGUAGAGGCUCGGGUGUUUUUUGUGCCAAUUGCUUGACCACAAAGACCUCUCUCUGGCGAAAGAAUGCAAAUGGCGGAUAUGUAUGCAACGCGUGUGGCCUCUACCAGAAGCUUCACUCGACUCCCAGGCCUUUAAACAUCAUUAAACAAAACAACGGUGAGCAGAUUAUUAGGAGAAGGACAAGAAAGCGCCUUAACCCAGAGGCGUUGCAGGCUGAGCAGCUCAACAAACAGCAGAGGGGUGGCAGCGAGGAGCAGGUCAAUGGAAGCCCCUUAGAGAGGAGGUCAGAAGAUCAUUUAACUGAAGGUCACCAGAGAGAAAUUCCACUCCCUAGCCUGAGUAAAUACGAAGCCCAGGGUUCAUUGACUAAAAGCCAUUCUGCUCAACAGCCGGUCCUGGUCAGCCAAACUCUGGAUAUUCACAAAAGGAUGCAACCUUUGCACAUUCAGAUAAAAAGUCCUCAGGAAAGUACUGGAGACCCAGGAAACAGUUCAUCCGUGUCAGAAGGGAAAGGAAGUUCUGAGAGAGGCAGUCCCAUAGAAAAGUACAUGAGACCUGCGAAACACCCGAACUAUUCACCACCAGGCAGCCCUAUUGAAAAGUACCAGUACCCCCUUUUCGGACUUCCCUUUGUACAUAAUGACUUCCAGAGUGAAGCUGAUUGGUUGCGGUUCUGGAGUAAAUAUAAGCUCUCCGUCCCUGGGAAUCCGCACUACUUGAGUCACGUGCCUGGCCUACCAAAUCCUUGCCAAAACUAUGUGCCUUAUCCCACCUUCAAUCUGCCUCCUCAUUUUUCAGCUGUUGGAUCAGACAAUGACAUUCCUCUAGAUUUGGCGAUCAAGCAUUCCAGACCUGGGCCAACUGCAAAUGGUGCCUCCAAGGAGAAAACGAAGGCACCGUCAAAUGUAAAAAGUGAAGGUCCUUUGAAUGUAGUGAAAACAGAGAAAGUUGAUAGAAGUACUCAAGACGAACUUUCAACAAAAUGUGUGCACUGUGGCAUUGUCUUUCUGGAUGAAGUGAUGUAUGCUUUGCAUAUGAGUUGCCAUGGUGACAGUGGACCUUUCCAGUGCAGCAUAUGCCAACAUCCUUGCACGGACAAAUAUGACUUCACGACUCAUAUCCAGAGGGGCCUGCAUAGGAACAAUGCACAAGCGGAAAAAAAUGGAAAACCUAAAGAGUGAAACCUUAGCACUUAGCACAAUUAAAUAGAAAUAGGUUUUCUGGAUGGGAAUUCAAUAGCUUGUAAUGUCUUAUGAAGACCUAUUAAAAAAACACUUCGUAGAGCCUGCCUUAUCCAACACGAAAUUCCCUUCUUUUAUUCUUUCUUUUGAUGAGUAGGUUACCAAGAUUAAAAAGUGAGACAAAUGGUCAGUGAGAAGAAAAAAAAAAAAUGGAAGAUGGUAAAUAGUCAUGUUUUAGAACCUAGUUAAGUCAAAAAACCAUCUUGGCGAAUGUGCACGGUGGAAACGGUCCAUAAGAAGUAUCACCAGACUCUCAUUAUUCUGUCUGUAAAGAAAGAGAUCAAAGCUAUCUAGAAUUUGAAAGGGUUUACAUAUUGUGAUACUAACGUAGUAUUGGGCUGGCCAUUGGUCCAUUUGUUCAUAAACCCAGAAGUUGUUGCCUAAAUUUAGAAGUAUCACGAAAAUCCUAGGCAGAUGAGGAGAAAUCGAAUCUCCAGGGCAGUGAAGGGAAAAUGGCGCUUCUUACAGCAGUCUCCUCUCAUUGGCCAUGUUUCCCGGACCUAGAAAUGCGAGCUGUGGUUAGGCUUGGGGAGAGAGCAGCAAGGAAAGUGACAGCCAGGGGCGUGGUGAUUUUGGCCAGCCCUGCCUGUACAUACACAUGCACACCCUCUCUGAUAUUUUUGUCCUUUAGAUGUUCAGAUACUCCUUUCAAAAGUAGUCCUUUUGUUUGCAAUUUAGGUUCAUUUUGUCCAAAUAUAGAUGCAUUUAAAAAAAAAAAAAAAACAAAAAACAGUGUCCUCAGUGCUUACGUAGUCGUUUUUUUGUUUUUUUGUUUUUUUGGGUUUUUUUUAGCCAGAUGUUUCUUUCUCGUAUGUGAUAGAGCGGUUUGGAUUUGUAUUUUAAGCCUCCUCUUGGUCACCAAUCUCACUUGGCACGUUAUAACUAAAGGGAUUCCGCCG